AUGUUCGUUACCUUAUUUCAAUCUAUAUCAAAGUUUAUCUUUGUAAUUGCAAUAUGGAAUCAAUGGAAGUAUAAUAGAAAUCAUAGAUCAAUAUAUGGAAUAUCAUAUGAUCUUUUUGCAGCAACAUUUUUCAGUCAUCUUUGCUUAGUAUGGUGCACCUUAAAUUAUAAAUAUUCAUCUUUAUUGAUAACUCAAGCAGUAAAUAGGUUUCCUCUUUUCUAUAAUACAAAUAAUGAGACACCUGGAACAGGUAAUAUUCCAAUAUCCCUGUUGAUAUUAUGCAAUGAUAUUUUGAAUAUUAUUGGAUCGAUUUGGGUAUUCAAACAACUUAUUUUCUAUAGAAAGACAAAGCAUAUUUACCAAGGAAUUUCACCAAUAUUUAUUUCCGUCGUAUGUCUUUUCACAGUAUUCAACUUUUUUACUUUGGUUUGCUCACUUUCAAAUUUACCUAAUAAUUCUGGGAAAUUUGGAAUUUUUUAUUUAGAACAUAUUAAUUACAUUUGGGUAAUAGGAAAUUUAUUAGAAUCAUUUAAAAUAUUGCCACAGAUAUCAUUAAACUGGAUGGGAAGAUCCACAUCAGGAUUAUCUUCCACCUUUAUCUUAAUGAAUUUAUUUAGUGCUACAUUAAUGUUGGUCACGUCAAUUUUCGAUGGGAAUUCAACUGUUAGUUAUUUUUUGAGACCAUAUAAUUAUCAACCUAUCUUCGUUACUGUUUUUCAGUUUAUUUUGGCAGUCAUUCUUUUCAUUCAGGAAAAAUAUGUCUAUAUUAAUUCAAAACCUUAUUUGCAAAAAGGUAAAGAAUCUUCCAUUGUGUAA